AUGAGGCGUAACUCUGUCACCAUCCUCAAACUGUUGGUGGUGGCAGUUGUGUUUGUGUUGGCUGGACCCAUGUUACUCAAACAUUUGCUUGGUGGCAGCAAGAGAAGUCUCACCGAGGAGUUUGUGGAUGCAGGCAAUGGCAUGCCAGUAAAUCCUGAUGUAGUUAAAACUCACAAUGAGCUGCCUCCUGCAGAUGCUCCACUACAGAAAAUUGACUGGCAUAACUACAAACAGAUUGCUGAAGAGGAAGAACGAAAGGGUCCAGGUGAACAGGGGCAAGCAGUAAUACUGUCGCCAGAGGAAGAGAAGCAGAAAAAUGACCUGUACAAGGUCAAUGGGUUCAACGCCUUUGCCAGUGAUAAGAUUUCCUUACAGAGGUCACUCAAGGAUAUCCGUCAUGCUGACUGUAAAACUAAGAAAUACCUGAACCACUUGCCAAAUGCCAGUGUGAUUGUUCCAUUCCACAAUGAACAUUGGACCACACUACUCCGGCUGUGUUACAGCGUGCUUAACAGAGCUCCCAAAGGUUUAGUUCACGAGAUCAUCCUAGCUGAUGACUACAGUAAUAAAGAACACUGUGGAAAACCGUUGGAUGAUUAUUUGAAGGAACACUUUGACAAUGUGCGUGUGGUGCGUGCGAAGAAGAGGGAGGGACUCAUCCGAACACGUCUAAUGGGAGCCAAGGCAGCCACAGGGCAGGUCCUUAUCUUCCUGGACUCCCAUGUAGAGGCUAAUAUCAACUGGCUUCCUCCAUUACUAGAACCUAUUGCUGAGGACUAUAAAACAGUUGUCUGUCCUUUUAUUGAUGUGAUCGACUUUGAAACGUUUGCGUACCGUGCCCAGGAUGAAGGUGCACGAGGAGCAUUUGACUGGGAAUUUUUCUACAAACGAUUGCCUCUUCUGCCUGAGGAUCUCAAACACCCAGCUGAGCCCUUCAAUAGCCCAGUAAUGGCUGGAGGGCUGUUUGCCAUUAGUACAAAGUGGUUUUGGGAACUUGGAGGUUAUGACCCAGGUCUAGACAUCUGGGGAGGUGAACAGUAUGAACUGUCAUUCAAGCUGUGGCAGUGUGGUGGUAAAAUGGUGGACGCUCCAUGCUCAAGAAUAGGUCACAUUUACAGAAAGUUUGCACCUUUCCCUAACCCUGGUGUGGGAGACUUUGUAGGCAGGAACUAUCGACGUGUUGCUGAGGUGUGGAUGGAUGAAUAUGCAGAAUACCUGUACAAUCACCGCCCCCACUACAGAAACAUUGAUACAGGCGACAUAUCUGAACAGAAAGCCAUCCGUACCAAGCUCAAAUGUAAACCGUUCAAAUGGUUCAUGGAAAAAGUUGCUUUUGAUUUACCGAAGUUUUAUCCUCCAGUGGAACCUCCUCCAUUUGCAAAGGGAGAGAUAAGAAAUGUGGAGGCCAAUCUAUGUAUAGACACAAGAUACAAAGGACAGAAUGAGAGAUUCCAGCUGGAACCCUGUCUCAAAGACGGCAAGGGAGGGGGAGAACAGGAGUUCCAGUUUUCCUGGCACAAAGAUAUACGUCCAGGAAGGAGAAGUGUUUGCUUUGAUGUUUCACAGUCAAUUAAAAAAUCCCCUGUCAUCCUAUUUAAUUGUCAUGGGAUGGGAGGCAAUCAAAGAUUCAAAUAUAAUAUAGAUACUUCACAAAUUUACCAUGUGAUCAGUAAUCAGUGUCUGGACUGUGAUCCGGGUAGUCAUGAACUCUUCACAAAUCCUUGUGAUAAAAACUUAAAAUCACAACAGUGGAAAGUAGAAACUGUAAACGAAACAGCUGUUAGAGCAGAAUGGAAGGCAACAUAGUGACCAGUCACAAUUCUACCUGGUGUGGAGAUAUUAAGCGUGCCUGAUUCAACUGUUCACAGAAGUACAGGGACAAUGAUAACUUUGUUCACUGUGUCGUAAAUGACUUUUAUUUUAUAUUGUGCAGAUUUUUCCUUAAAGAGGUUUCGAUCCAUCAUUAAAUUCACAAAUAACAAUGUACAACACUAGCAUCUUUACAACAUGGUCAUUUUACAUCAAUACAGAGAAGUCACUGGUGCUGGUUUGGACAAAACAGACAGUUGAAUGUUUUUCUUAUUAGAAUUUGGUUUUCU